GAAAAAAGCCAAAACUCGCGCCUACAUCGAUUGACUCGGUAGCGUGCUGAAUUUCUUUGAACGAACGAAAUUAAUGAAAUAACGCCUGUACAUGCGGUGUCUGUUAAGCUAGUGCUGUAAAAAUUAUAAAGAGAACGAUAAGUGCGUGUUUUUACAAAUAUAAUGUUUCGUGCUUAGUGCCUGUUACGAUCGCCGUUCAAAUUUGUGUGUGAAUUUUGUGUGUAGUGAUCAUCUAAUUUGUCGCUACGCCGGGCCAUCUGCUGGACCGUGCAUGACUCCUGAAGGACUCGUGCUACCGGAUUACUAACCCAGGUCUUGCUUGACAAAUCAAUAGACUCGAGCUGUCGGAAUGGCUGAGACGGACUCAGAGACGAUCCCGAACGGCACCGGGCCCCUGUCCACCGAGGAGGAAGACGAGCGCUUGAAGCAGCGUCCGGCCGACAUCGACGCCGAUGUCCGCGAAAUGGAACGCCGGAAGCGCGUCGAAGCUCUCAUGUCCUCGAAGCUGUUCCGCGAAGAAUUGGAACGGGUCCUCGACCAGCAGAUGCACGAGGGCGGCGACGCUCCGCUCCUGCAGAGGAUCAAGGAGAUGGUCGGCGGGAGACUGCACACCGGAAGCCUCAGGGGUCCUAGCUGCGUUCUGCCGAUCAACGACAUCCGAGGUAUCGAAGGCAUAGGCUAUGAGAAGGGGGAGAAGAUACUCCGCUGCAAGCUGGCCGCCGUGUACCGGCUGGUGGAUUUGUUUGGUUGGACAACAACCGGAGUGACGGGGCAGAUAACGGCCCGUCUGAACACGGCCGAGGAGCAGGUGCUGACGUUGCCGCGCGGUCUGCUGCCCCACGAGGUGACCGCUUCGUCCCUGGUCAAAGUGGACAUGCAAGGCGUCGUCCAGGACCAGGGCACCACCAACUUUCCGGUCAACGUCGAAGGUUUCUCCGUGCACGCGUCCGUGCACGCGGCCCGUCCGGACCUGCGCUGCGUGGUGCACGUGCGCGCGCCCUCCGCUCUCGCCGUGUCCGCCACGCGGCGCGGCGUCCUGCCCCUAUGCCAGGAGGCGGCCCUCCUCGGCGAGGUCGCGUACCACACUCUACCCUACGGCGUGCUGGACAACGCUGAGCGCGACAAGCUGGUCCGCGCGCUGGGCCCGCACGCCAAGGUCGUGGUGCUGAGCGGGGCUGGAGCGCUGUGCUGCGGUGCCACGCUGGAGGAGGCCUUCCUGCACGCGCGUCUGCUCACUGCCGCUACCGACGCGCAACUGAAGUUAGCAGCCACGCCGCUGGAUGACCUCAUCCUGCUAGACGACGAAACGCAGAGACAGAUGUACGAGGCGUCCCGCAAGCCGCCCGCCGACGCGAGCAAGUGGCGCGUGGGCGGCGAGGAGUUCGAGGCUCUGAUGCGGAUGCUGGACAACGCCGGCUUCCGGACCGGCUACAUCUACAGGCAUCCCCUCAUCAAGAACGACGUGCCGAGACCCAAGAAUGACGUGGAAGUUCCACCAGCCGUGUCGUCCCUCGGCUAUCUGCUCGAAGAGGAGGAGCUGUACAAACAAGGGUUGUGGAAGAAAGGUCAGGGGAAGACCGGUGAGCGAACCCGCUGGCUCAACUCUCCGAACGUCUACCAGAAGGUCGAGGUUCUGGAGACUGGCACCAGCGACCCCAAGAAGAUCACUAAGUGGGUGGACGUUAACAACGAAGAGUGGAUCCAAGAUGGCUCGGCUCAAUCGAGUACGCCCGUUAAAAUCGAUACAUUGCAAUUCGUACCGAAAAAUACGAACCCAAAGGAAUUUAAGAAGCUUCAACAACAGAUCAAAGAGAAUCGCCGCGCGGACAAGAUAAGCGCCGGUCCCCAGUCCCACAUCCUCGAGGGGGUGACCUGGGACGAAGCCAGCAAGAUGGUCGGCGAGGACGCCGUGAACACCCACACGGGGGACCAUGUGGUGCUGAUGGGAGCGGCCUCGAAGGGCAUCAUCCAGCGCGGCUACCAGCACAACGCGGCCGUGUACAGCGCGCCCUACGCCCGGAACCCCUUCGACCAUAUCACCGACAACGAGAUCGACGAGUACCGGCGCGACGUCGAGCGCAAGCGGCGCGGGAACGAAUACGACACUGACUUGUCCGAAUCGGAGGCGAUCAGCGCGGCGCAGAUGACGUCACCGGCCAGCGCCCCGUCCGAGACCGAAGAGGAGUCGCGCGACGAACACCGAGUUUUGAGAAUAGAGACCAAGCAAGCGCCGGUCCGAAGCCAACCAGAAGUGGUCCUGAGCGAUGUUGAUACAACUGAUUUCUUGAACGCGGAGAGAGCCCAUGUCGACAGUACUAGAGGUGACCACACUGUUAACGGUGACCAUUCGGAUGCCCAUCAGAGUACAUUUUCUCACAGCAGUAAAGAGGUCUCCCAGGGCUCUCCGUCGAAGGAGGCUUCCACCGAGGACUCGCCCAAGAAGGACAAGAAGAAGAAGAAGGGACUCAGGACGCCGUCGUUUUUGAAGAAGAAGAAAGAAAAAAAGAAGGAGAAGUCCAGCACGCCGCAGCCUGCCUAGAUAUAAAUCCCACAAAGCUGUACUGCCAUUUCGCUUCAGAAAUUACUUGUAAUUUUAUUAUGAAUAUACUAAUUAUAAAAUUUAAAAAUAUAUU